UGGUGAAACAGGAAAUGUAUGGACUGCAGUGGCCCACAUAAUAACAGGAGUGAUAGGGUCAGGGAUUCUAUCAUUGGCAUGGUGUAUGGCUCAGCUAGGUUGGAUUGGAGGCUCAUUCUCUAUGCUCUUCUUUGCUUUCAUCACUCUCAUCUCUGCCUUUCUUCUCUCCAACUGCUACAGAUCUCCUUACCCUGAGCUUGGCCCCACUAGAAACCACUCCUACUUGGAAGCUGUCCACUUCAAUUUAGGAGAGAGAAGUUCUUGGGCAUGUGGACUUUGUGUAAAUAUUAACUUAUAUGGGAUUGGCAUUGCCUACACCAUUACUUCUGCUAUCAGCAUGAGAGCAAUACAGAAAUCAAAUUGUUACCACAGUAUGGGCAUGAGGUUAAUUGUGAAUAUGGAGAUACUUAUUAUAUGCUAAUAUUUGGAUUAUCACAAAUUGUGGUUUCUCAAAUACCCAAUUUUCAUAAUAUGGAAUGACUCUCUGUUGUUGCUGCAACCAUGUCCUUCAUCUAUUCCUUCAUUGCAUUGGCACUUGGUUUGGUGAAAGUAACAGGUGAUGGAGUAAUCAAAGGUAACAUUGCAGGAGUCUCAACUUCUACUACACUUGAGAAAGUAUGGUUGGUUUCUGAAGCACUUGGGGACAUUGCUUUUGCCUAUCCAUACUCCAUCAUUCUCAUUGAAAUACAGGUAUUCAGUCAGCCACUUUUUGCACUGGUAGACAAAUGGUUUGCAAGGAAGUUCCCAAACAGUGGAUUUGUGAACUAUGACUACACUUUGAAACUUCCCUUUUUCCUAAUUCUCAGACUAAAUCUUCUCAGACUCUGUUUUCGCACAACUUAUGUGGCGUCAACAACUGUGAUUGCGAUGAUCUUUCCAUACUUCAACCAAGUUUUG